GGAAGCUGCUGUAAAAUGUCGUGAGGGGCGUUGCCGCUUUACGGUUGCCUCUCCCAGACGAGAGCCCGGGAGCGCCCACCCCGUCAGCCCUGUCUCCAACAGUCAGCCCCGCGCGGAGUGAGCGACCCGGCGCCCCGCCGCCCUGCCCGCGCCCGUUCCGCCCUCCCGGCGAUGUGACCUCGGGCAGGCUGCGGUGCCCCUGGCCCGGGGUUGAGACGGGCGGCAGGUGCCUGUGAGGCGGGCGGGUGCUGGGGGCCGGCAGGAUGGAGGAAAGCAUGGAAGAGGAGGAGGGGGGCAGCUACGAGGCGAUGAUGGACGACCAGAACCACAACAACUGGGAGGCAGCCGUGGACGGCUUCCGGCAGCCCCCGCCACCGCCCUCGUCGAUCCCCGUCCCUAGCCGAGAGCCGCCGGGGGGGCAGCUGCUGGCGGUGCCCGCGGUCUCCGUGGACAGGAAAGGCCCCAAGGAGGGGCUCCAGUUGGGGCCGCCGCCACCGCCGGAGGCCAAUGGGGUGAUCAUGAUGUUGAAGAGCUGCGACGCGGCCGCCGCGGUGGCCAAGGCGGUCCCCGCCCCCACCCCCAGCUCCACCAUCAACAUCAACACCUCCACCUCCAAGUUCUUAAUGAAUGUUAUAACUAUUGAAGAUUAUAAGAGCACAUACUGGCCAAAAUUGGAUGGUGCCAUAGAUCAGCUUUUAACCCAGAGUCCUGGUGACUAUAUCCCCAUAUCCUAUGAACAGAUAUACAGUUGUGUGUAUAAAUGUGUAUGCCAGCAGCACUCAGAACAGAUGUACAGUGAUCUGAUUAAAAAGAUAACUAAUCACUUAGAGAGAGUCUCAAAGGAGCUGCAGGCCAGCCCUCCGGAUCUCUAUAUUGAAAGAUUUAAUAUAGCUCUUGGACAAUAUAUGGGAGCAUUGCAGAGCAUUGUGCCUCUUUUCAUAUAUAUGAAUAAAUUUUACAUCGAAACGAAGCUUAACAGAGACUUAAAAGAUGACCUUAUAAAGCUGUUUACGGAACACGUUGCAGAAAAGCACAUUUACAGCCUAAUGCCUUUACUUUUAGAAGCCCAGUCAACACCAUUUCAGGUCACACCUUCAACUAUGGCAAAUAUUGUGAAAGGCCUGUAUACUCUCAGACCAGAGUGGGUUCAGAUGGCUCCAACUCUAUUUUCUAAAUUUAUUCCAAAUAUUCUCCCUCCGGCGGUGGAAUCUGAACUUUCUGAAUAUGCUGCUCAAGAUCAGAAACUUCAAAGAGAACUUAUACAGAAUGGUUUUAUGAGAGGUGACCAGUCCCGGAAGAGAGCUGGGGAUGAGUUGGCUUAUAACAGCUCAUCAGCAUGUGCGAGUUCCAGAGGGUACAGAUAGUGACUGUGUUGAAUGUACUUUCCUUCCUGCCACAAGGACACACUGGAGCUGCAGAGACUGUAUUCAGAGCACAGUGGGUCCUGCACUCAGGCGCUCUGUCACAAAGCUGUUCUCGGAAGAGGAUGUCGGACUUCUUUCUUUGAUUUGUAAUUUAAAAA